GCCGGCACCAUGGCCGAGGAGCCGCGGUCUCCGGGCGGCGCCGUGGCGGCCGCCGCCUACCCCGACAGCCCCGCCGAGUUCCCCCCGCACCUCCAGGCGGGCGCGAUGCGGCGCCGCUUCUGGGGCGUGCUCAACUGCCUGUGCGCCGGCGCGUUCGGGGCCUUGGCCGCCGCCUCCGCCAAGCUGGCCUUCGGCAGCGAGGUGAACGUGGUGACAUGCGUCCUAGGCAUUAUGGUGAUGGCGACCACCAACUCCCUGAUGUGGACCUUCUUUAGCCACGGCCUCAGCUUCUCCAUGUCUUCAGCCAUCGCCUCUGUCACCGUGACGUUCUCCAACAUCCUCAGCUCAGCCUUCCUGGGCUACGUGCUGUACGGAGAGUGUCAGGAGGUGCUGUGGUGGGGCGGCGUGUUCCUCAUCCUCUGCGGGCUCACGCUCAUCCACAGCAAGCUGCCCACCUGCAAGGCCCUGCCACACAAGCAGCAGUAGCGCCAGGCAGGGCUCCUCCUGGCAGGGAUGUCCUGGACCUAUGAAUGGCCCGACCAUCCACCAUGGGGAGGUGCCAGGCAUGGCGCCCAGCUUGGGACCCACCGUGCAGCCUGCAGGGGCCCAGCGCCAGCUCCGGGAAGGAGGAGACCCAACUGCAGGUGUGUUAUGCCCACGACGCCCUCAGCGUGUGUGUGACACUCUUGAUCCUCACAUGCCCAGGGCCCAGCCUGGUCCUGGCAUUCUGGAGCCCCUGGGGUGUGGUUUGCUUCCUGGGUGGGACCAGAAGGCACGCCUGUGUAUGCGGAGUCCUGCUGGCUGGCCAGGGCCACUGACGUCUCUGCAGAGGCAGCACCAGCCUGACCUCCCCAGCCCAUCUGUGUCACGCUGUUGUGUUACGCCGAGAGGAGGGAAACUGGCUGAA